UCAGAGGAAGAAGAUUAGUUUCACCGCACUCUCUGUUGUUUUGACAUGAUACUGGUUUAAUACGAACGGCUAAACAUGUUAUAUCUGUAAAUAGAAAGAGAAUCAGGUCAGUGAAUACUUUUAAUGUCUUAUCAGUCGUGACUAAGUGUUGUGACUAAGGUUUGAAUCGAGCAGGAACAUCUGUAGGAUCUUAUCAUCUGAACUGAGAUCUGCUGAUGUGAAGAUGUUUGUGAAAGAGGAGAACACAAGUGAACCAGAAACCUGGAGAAUAAAACACGAACCAGAAUCUAUGAGAAUAAAACACGAGGAAACAGAAACUUUGAGUAUGAAACAGGAGGAUCCAGAUUUUUUGAGAAUAAAACACGAGGAUCGAGAAGAGUUGAUUGAAGAAAACGAGGAAAAUAAAGAAUCAAGUGAAGUCGAGGAGAAAAAUCAUGUCAAAACUGGAGUAAAACCUUUGAGUUGCUCCCAAACUAAACAGAAAGGUUUAAAGAAAAGAAGAGCUAAGAAAGCUCUCACCUGCACUCAGUGUGGAAAGUGUUUCACACACAAUACAAGUCUUAAUGUUCACUUGAGGGUUCACACUGGAGUGAAACCUUAUAAGUGUUCACACUGCAACAAGAGAUUCGUUAAGUCAGGAGACCUGAAAAUACAUGAGAGGAUCCACACUGGAGAGAAACCUUACAAGUGUUCACACUGCAACAAGAGAUUCAGUCAGUCAAUACAUCAGAAAACACAUGAGAGGAUCCACACUGGAGAGAAACCUUACAAGUGUUCACACUGUGACGAGAAAUUCAGUCAUCCAUCAAAUCUGAAAAGACACGAGAGGAUCCACACUGGAGAAAAACCUUAUCACUGCAUUGACUGUGGGAACCGUUUCAAUCAUUCAUCUGCUCUACACAGGCAUACAAAAAACUAUCACAGUAAGGCUCAGCACACACUUUAGCUUUAUACUUUAGUAUAAACUACUUCAUAGUUAAGCUGUAUACGUAAAAAAAACAAAAAAAAAACAUAUAUAUAUAUAUAUAUAUAUAUAUAUAUAUAUAUAU